AUAACAAAAUGGGUUAAAUUUUGAAAUAUUCACUUAAGUGUUUAUUUACGGUUGUUAUAGAGAAGCAACAAGACUUAUAAAGGAGCAGAUACGCGGUGUAUCAUACAAAUAACAGACUCGAUUUAAAGUGUGGAAUAUACGGUAAAAGAAUCACAAAAUGGCAAAAAUUAUUAUGGUCUGCUGUGCUAUAUUUGCGUUCAUCGAAGUUGCGAGAACGGCGAACGUUACGUGCUACACUUGUGAAAGUUCAAAAGACCCUGGCUGCAAAGAUCCUUUCUCUUCAACCAAUUUGGCAACAAAUAGUUCGUGCGACGCCUGCGUGAAAGCCAAAAUUGGAAGUGUUGUUGCUAGAGGCUGCUCAGCGGGUGGUGAGACUGGUGAUCGUUGCUUCACAAUAUUGGGAACAGGCACCUGCAUUUGUUCAACCAACCUCUGCAAUGGUUCAAGUCACGUGACCGUUACCAUGGGAACAAUCAUGGGAUCAGCUUUGUAUCUUAUGAGUAAAAUAUUUUAUUAAUGUUCAACAAAUCGUGUUUUACGUCUAUGACAUUCGAUAACAUUGUUAAAAUAAUAUUAUUGUGUUAUUGUUUGUUUCAAUCGAGAAAUUAUAAUGUAUGACGUGAACAAAUAAACGGGCAAAGUGUU